AUGUGCAACGAACUUAAAGCUCGAACAAAUGAGAAACAGUAUACAGUGGCACACUCCGACAUUGCCGAUUGGCCACGAGUAGAAGCCGUUGCUGAGUUAAGACUACGUACCGGACAAGAUGACAUGUCAGAGCACCUUCAAAGAUUAGGCGAAAUCACUCAAUCAACGUGCAUCCUACGUAAACUACAAGAGGAAAUUGGGAUGACCCACCUAAUUCGAUGUCCAGCUAAAAAGAAAAAGACGAAAACGGCUAGAUACUGCGUAGAGAGAAGGCAACGAAUGUAA